CCAAAUCUAUAUUACUCUUAUUUCCUUGGGAAGGUUUUUUUUGUAUAAAAUGAUGGGACUACAAGUAGGGAAAGAUGAGAAUAAGGAAUGAAACAGGGGACCGGGCCAAUAUAAUGAGUAAAAAAAAGAACAGGGGACAGUCAGUCAUUAAAUAUUCAUUAGGUGCCCACUAUGUGUCUGGCACUGUAAAAAAAACAGGAAAGUCAAAGAAAGGCAAAAGACACUAGUGGAAGACAUAACACACAAGCUAAAAACAAGCAAGCAGUAGAAUAAAUAGAUGCUCAACAGAGGGAAGGUACUUGACUUAAGGAGGAUCAAGAAAGUUUUCCUGUAGAAGGAUUUUUUUCCCCCUUGGACUUGAAGGAAACCAGGAGUAGAGAAUUCCAAGCGCGGGGUUCAGAUAAUGAAAAGGUAUGGAGUGUCUUGUUUAAAGACAACAGAAGCUGCUGGAUCAUGCAAUACUUAGUGGGGAAUGAGUUGUAAGAGGACUAGGAAGGAGCAAGUUAGAAAGAGCUUUCAAAGCCAAAUGGAGACUUUUAUUUUGAUCCCAGAGAUGACUGAGAGCUCCUGGAGUUUAUUAAAUAGGGGGUGUGGUGUGGCAUGGUCAAACCUGUUCUCUGGCAGCUGAGUAGAAGAUGGGUUAGAGAGGGACCCAUUCGUGACAGGAUCAACUGACAGGCAAUUUUGUUGAGGAAUAAUGUGAUGAGGGCCUGUAUCAGGUUGGUGGUAGUAUCAGAGGGAAAAAAGAGUAUAGAUGUGAUGUUGUGAUGUCACUUUGACAGAAUUUAGCCACUUGGAUAUAGAGGAAGAGAUAUAGGAGUAACAAGGGUUAUCCCUACAUUGUGAGUGCCCUCAAAAGUUAUAAGGAAGGAAGGAAAUGAGAGCGUGGGCUAAACGAUGAGUUGUUUGGCCAUGCUGAGGUUGACAUCCCAUUUGAAACGUUUGAAGACAUCUGGAAGCCCAAGAUUGGGAGUCAGCAGGAAGGGUGGGGCUAAAGAGAUGUGAGAAUCAUCAGCCUAGAGAUGAUUCAACAGGAGCUAAUGAGAUCACCAAGUGAAGAGAGUCCAAGGCUGAGCCUGGGAUGGCAUGGAUGGCUAGUGGCCCACCCAAAGGAGUCUUUGAAGUAGUCAGGUGGUUAGGGGAAGAACCAGGAGAGAAAAAUGAAAAUCCAUGAAGGAGAAAGAACAAGGGGUCUCCCUUAAGAAGAUGGGUCUGAACAAGGUCUACAAAGAGCUUAAGAAGAAUAGAGGGUUGAAAAAAAGGCCAUUUUGUCAUUUAUCAUGUAAUAGUCUUCACUCUCUUUGGAGGGGAAAGUUUGGAUUGGAUGAUGAAGCUGGAAGCCGGACCAGGGAGAGAUAAGAAGAAAGUAAGAGGCAAGGAAGUGACAUAUCCUGUAGACAGCCCACAAGAGGGGAGAAAAAGAUGGGGUAGUAGCUAGGAGGCAUAGGCAGGGAGAAUGGAGGAAAUGCAGGAACGCCUGACCCUUUCCUUUCACCACAGGUACAUGAUUCUGGUUCAGUAAUGGUGAUGGCCCAGGAUGAACCAGUGGGGGCUGGCUGCCAUUGGUGGGGAGGGGUUUGAGCCAAGUGAACAUUUAUCUAUAGAGAGGGCCUCGGGGACCAGAAUGUGAGCAACCUCUGGGGAGGGUCCCUUGACAGAGAGACACAUGGGACUGGGCUGGAGAUGGAGGGUGAACGACUAAAUGGCUUUGUGAAGUCCGAGAUGGUACAGAGAAUUGAAAUGAUGAUGUGGGGUGUUCAGGGUAAGGUAUAUUCAAGGUAAUGUGAGCAUUUUUAGGAAUACAUUUGGGUGGAACAUGGAGAUUUAGAGCGUUUGGGGCAUGUCAGAAAUAUUGGAACAGAUUUUGGAUGGGCCAUAAGAGUGUAUUCAAAAUAUCUAUGACUCAUUUGGGAAGAAUAUAUUUAGAAGCAGUGUGAUCUAAUGAGUAAGAGAUGGCCUCAGUCAAGAAGGCCUAAGAUCAAAUUCCAAUUUUAGCCCAUCCUGGCUGUGUGGUCCUGGGCAAGUCAUUUUCUCCUGGCAACACUGUAAGAGCGUAAGGGACAACUCAGGGUCAAUCUCUAUUAUUAGUGGGAGUUUUCUCAUCAGCAGUGCCUUAAACCGAUAAAAUCACAAGUUUGGACCCAUGAAAUACAAAAUGCUGGGUGGAGAUAUGCUUGGGUUGUUCCAUGAGAGUGGGGAAACUGGUCAGAGGAAUAAAGGCCUGAGGGGGUUAAAGCACAGGCUGGAGGUGGGGGGGGACCAUGACCCCUCCUCCCCCCUGGGAGCCCCCACUGCCCCUCCACCUCCUAUGGCAGACCACCCCGGAAUGCACAUUGACACUGGGCCUGGUGUACACCAAAGCAAACCUCAUCUUCCACCACUGGCAGCUGGCUGACCCCAAGUUUGGCCUGACUUUCCGGAGUCCAGCGGUGGCUGACACUUUCCAGAGAAGCAUGCAGACUGCCCUAGCAGAGGGGGUUCAAGGCUCACUCUCCUCAUCCUCUUCCUCUUCUUCCAACACUUCCCAGGAGCCCCCAGAUGUCCUCUCCACCCAAAAGAUGCAGCCGGACAAGCAGUCUUCUUCCAGCUCCAUCCGCCAAGAGGCUCGGCCCCCAGGCCCAGCUAUAGUCACUAGCGAGUCAUCGGGCUUUGGCCUGGCCAUGACCUCCCAGCGCCGGCACUCCCCCCCACAGGUGGGACUGCCCCAACCCUCACUCUGCCCAGGGUAUGGGGAGAGAGCCUGGGGACAGUCCCAGAGGAGGAGGGCCUGGAAGGUUUGCCUUCAAGGGCACCUGGGACAGGGAGGGGGGGAGGUGCACUCAGUACCACUCCUGGGUCUCAGGGAAGGAUGGGGACUUCCUGAGUCUCCAGGGGAUAAACGGCUUAGCUUGAAGGAACCGGACAUUGAUUUUUCUUAUCUGCCAAUCACUUCCUUUCUUUCUUUUCUCCUUCCCAUGAGCCAGAGUUCACCAACUCCAGAACCAGCCUUUCUAGCGGCCCGGGCCCUCAACCAUGUCGGGCUGGGUGGGCCGGGCUCUGGGAUUCAGGCGGCCGCCCCCGCCUAUGGCCGUGUCCGGUGA